AUGGCCUGGAUCGACCGGUUCCUGAAGAUGGGCGCUCCGAUGUCCGCCAACGCGUGUCAGGCGACCAUGAAGAAGAAUUGCCCGCAACCGGAGCUGUUCCGUAAACAGUUGCGGCUGACCUGGUCCGCGGUGAGGAAUGGGCAUCUGCAGUUUCUGCAACGGGGGGCUCUCCAUGCGGAAGCGAUCGACCAUGCUCCAAAUCACACGGAACGAGCAGCACAUAUUGGGCGUCAGCAUGGCAGAGGACAUCUGGUUUUCUCAAAGGGUGACCAGCUUCCCUGGCGCAACGAUUCCCAACCGGACGAUCGCGGCGGAGUUUUCAGUGGGCGCGACAUAUCACCCACGGCCAUUUGGGAUGCACCAGCCUAGAUUUGCUAUGCAGUUUCAGAAAUACAGCAGAGCGCAGCUGAACUUGCUAUUACAGUGGUGUAAGCACGUUUCCUGCUGCGUUUUACUUGACGCUAUCCCUCAACUAAAAUUGUCCUUUCUUCUUCGCCCAUCCCCCAAUAUAGGCCCGGUAAGCUCUUGAUCCUUUUCGCCGGCCCAUCUUUCCCACUAUGUUUCCUUAUUCUUCUCCUGCGUGGUCAAAC